AUGGCGUACAGAACUGUAUCAACUGCAGCGGUGCUGGUGAUCGCAGGAAUGAUACCCGCUCACCUUCUAUCCUUUGAGAGGUGUGAGAGGUACAAACGGAGGCACGAGCCAGACGCAGCAAGGACUACAUCGGAAAUCCGCGCUGAAACAAUGAGGAAAUGGCAGGCAGAGUGGGCCAAUGAAAGCAAUGGAAGAUGGACAAGGAGGUUGAUCCAAGAUAUUAACUCCUGGAGGGGCAGGAAUCGUGGAUCUGUAGAUUUCCACAUGACCCAGUUAUUGUCCAAUCACGGAUAUUUCGGAGAAUACCUUCGCAGGAUCGGGAAGUUGGAUGCAGCAACUUGUGUUGAUUGUCAGCAACCAGUCGAGAACACGUCUUUUUCAUUUGCGGCAGAUGGUGGAACAACGGCGAGCGCUGUAUUUGGAGCUGGAAGAGGACUUGUCCCCAGACAACAUUGUGCGCAACAUGUUGAAGAAACGGAGUAA